AUAUUAUUGUGUAUUUCCAUAGGAAGUCUGGUGUACUUAUCACCACCCAUUGGCAGUCUGUUCCUGUCGCUUGUUCAGGUACGGCUUGGCCACAGGGCGUGCAUGGCGCUCACCAAUCUAAUCCAGCUGUCGGCCGUGAUGGUCGUGGUCCUUUUCCCGAUCACUGUGAGCACCCUGUACGCGUGCUCGAUGCUGAUGGGUCUGAGCACGGGUUUCGCCACCGGCCUGAGCAUAUCGUACAGCGGUGAGGUGUGCGAGCCAAAGCUUCGAGGAUCGUUGACGUCUGCCCUGAACGUGUUCUACUUCGUUGGAUUCUUUUUCGUCUCCACCACAUACGCGAUCACUAAGAGCUGGAAACAGUCGUUGAUUAUCACUGUUGCCGUGCCCCUGGCCAACAUGGUCACACUGUCACUGACUCCCGACUCGCCGAUGUGGCUGUUGUCUAAAGGGAAGACGGACAAGGCCAGAAAGGUUUUAAUGAAGCUCCGGGGAUGUGUGAGUGAAGAAAAAUGCGCCACGGAAUUUCAGGAAAUGGUUCAAUACGUAUCUCUAUCAGCCAAAUCGGAAGAAGCAAAACAAAAACAAUCUUCGGCUCUGUGUAGCUUUUCACAUCCGGGACUAUGGAAUCCGCUCAAGCUCAUGUUAAUCUACAUAUUCUUCUCAAACAUCAUGUCCGGCGUACCGUACGCACCGUAUCUGAUGCACGUAUUCAAAUCGUUCAAAACACAAGUAGAACCUGCAUGGGCAAUGUCCGCCUACCCCGGAUUCAGCAUCAUCGGCAACGUGUUUACCAUCCUAUUGGUACACCGACUGGGCAAAAGAUGCCUUGUGCUGUCGACCAUAACCUUCUGCUCAAUAUCGUACUUACUCAUCGGUUUCAUCGGACAGUUUUACGCCGACGCCGAAUACACGUCCUGGGUGAAAUUGGCACUGUUCUUUGGGUCAACGGUAUCCUCGUCGCUGGGCGUAAUGCCGAUUGGAUGGAUCCUCAUGAGCGAAGUUUUCCCGAUGAAGUACGCAUACAAUACUAAUAAUAUAUUACACACGUCGUGUACACUGCAGUACACAAUGCUACUUGAGUUAUAAAUAUAAAAACAAUAA